AAAGCAAAACCACAUAUUCUAAGUCCCCCCCCCCCAUCAUGCCAAAGCAAAGCGAUAUAGACCUUGUGAAAGCAGCUGCAUGGGCAUGGUACCAGCACAGUUCAAGCUCCGAUGGCAAGGCCACCGCGAUCCGAGAAUUCAAUGCCGUUCGAUCUCAACGAGUUCCGGGGCCUACACGCUAUAAAUUGGAAGCCAUGAGAAACAACAACAACAGCACGGGGACGGAGGGAUUGAUCCGUAGUUCUCUCCUGGAUCCCUACGAGAUCGAAAGCAUUUCUAAGCGACUCGAUCAGCUUAUCGGAUUGAGUGGAAUCAAAUUAAACCGGGAGCUAUUGAGGAUGAAUGAAGAUGUUGAUGAUCACCCCGAGAAAAAGAGAAGCAGCAUGAGCUUGAAAGGGUUUCUGCAAAGGCGUGCUGUGGUAUGCGGCAGAAACCAUGAUGUGGAGGAAACGGCCCUAAGACCCAAAAUCCAUAUGGCUGCCGCUAACAGGGUAAACGGCAAGCCACGGGCUUGGUGAAUUUGCAGCCACUGGAGUGUUGGAACGUUUUGGUCGUUGUCGAGUACUCUCUUACAUAUUAAAUGUCAAAUACAUUGGCAUUUCAUUCAUUCAAAC